GGGUAACCGCCGCCACCGUCCCAGCGUGCCUUAGCGCUGCGCUCCGCCGGGCUUCCGUCCGCCGGCAGCGGGUGUCCUCGCCGCCAUCUUGUGCGCGGGCGACCCGCGCAGCGCGGUGGGCCGCCAUGGAGACAGAUGAUACAGGAAAUCGACUUCGGUUCCAGCUGGAGUUAGAGUUUGUCCAAUGUCUGGCAAAUCCAAAUUACCUCAACUUUCUUGCACAAAGAGGCUACUUCAAAGACAAAGCUUUUGUAAAUUAUCUUAAAUAUUUACUUUAUUGGAAAGAACCUGAAUAUGCAAAAUACCUGAAGUAUCCUCAAUGUUUGCAUAUGUUAGAGCUGCUCCAAUAUGAACAUUUCCGCAAAGAACUGGUAAAUGCUCAGUGUGCUAAAUUUAUUGAUGAGCAACAGAUUCUUCACUGGCAGCACUAUUCGCGGAAAAGAAUGCGUCUCCAGCAAGCCCUUGCAGAGCAGCAGCAACAAAACAACACCUCCGUAAAAUGAAAAAUGCGUGGAAGAGUGAUAAGGUGUACUUUUUGUCAGUUGAAUAUUUACAAGAGGAAUGGACCUUUAUGUAGGUUUGGCUCUGUGUGUGUGUAUACUUAAUUUUUGAUUUAUCAAAUGACUGGGUUUUUUCUUCUUUCAUCAACUUCUUUAAAGAUACAAGACUGAUAAACACCUACUUCUGCAAUUUAUUUUGUGGCAUGGACAAUUUUGUAAUAGCAUUACUUACCUUAGUUAUUGAUUCUUGAUUUUGAAAACAAAGCAUGGUUUUGUUGCUGAUACUGAAGUAGCUAACAAAAAGUGUAGCUCAGAAGUCUGUUCUUAGGAGGCAUUUUCCCUGGAGAAUAAUUACGUGUCUCAACGUGUGGCUAAGGACUCCCUCAUGUACUCCUUUUCACAACUGUAAGAUGAGCAAACUUAAAGUGAUGAUAUUGUACAAAAUCUAAAUUGUGGAUUUUUGCCUUGAAACAGAACCAAGCUAUUACUUGUCAUUUCUGUUUACUUGGUAAUCAUUGUUACUGGGGGUCUUAUGGAGUUUUCCUUAUAGCAUGUUUUACAGAUAGAAAUCAGUGUGAUGAGUCAAGGACUGCAGAAAUGGAGCAGAGAUAAGUAAUAAACUUUGCAGAUAGUGAACAGAA